CUAAACCACAUGCUAUUAUUGCCGUGUUGCCGGGGAGGGAAGCAGAAUGUUAUAACGAGUACAGAGCCGACAGGUUGGUUGUGCCCGCCCAGCUCCCCACCCACAGUUGAGCCUUCCCAGUCAGUCAGCGGCUGUCCCACAUCUCUUCCAUCCCGGGGCCCCGUUGCUCUGGCUCUUGACUCUUCAUGGAGUUUGACGUGCGAGUGUGGCCCCGGGUGGGGGGAUUCGGCCGCUACACUCGGCUUCUGACGGCUGCUACUUGGCUGCCCAAUGUGGUCCUGGCGAUGGGCUUCUUCUCCGAGUUCCUGUACACGGCUGUGCCCAACUACCAGUGCCAGGGGGAGCCCGGGGGAGCCUGUCCCGGCAACAGCAGCUGGGAGAGUCCGAGCAACCAGUCUGAGCAGCGCUGCCCGGGGGGCUGGAACUUCCAACCUCAGGGAUGGCUCAACGGCAACAUCGUCACGCAGUGGGAACUAGUCUGUGACAGACAGUGGAAGGUGCCCCUGGAAAAGAUCUCCUACCUGAUUGGCUGGCUCCUUGGAUACAUUAUCUUUGGCUGUAUCUGUGACAGAUUGGGCCGACGUGCUGCCUUCAUUGGUGCACUGGUGAUGGCACUGCCCCUCGGAGUAGCUGUAGUCUUCUCUUCCAGUUACUUCAUCUUCUUGCCCAUCAGAGCAGGAUUUGGGGCAGCUCUAGCUGGAAUGUUCUUAUCAUUCUACAUUUCAAGGGUAGAACUGUGCAGCCCUAGUCAGCGGCUGAUGGUGACAAUGAUCGGGGGCUUCUUUUGGGUGGCUGGAGAGCUGCUGUUACCAGGUUUGGCAGUUCUGUGCUCAGACUGGAGGGUUCUACAAGGCUCCAUCACUGGGACCUUAAUGCUGCUGGGAGUUUACUGGUGUGGACACACACUCUAUCCAGAAUCACCCCGCUGGCUCCUUGCCACCCAGCAGUUGGAACAGUGCAAGUCGGAGCUGCGUAUGUUUGCAAGAGCCAAUGGGAUAAACACUAGCGACGAUGCUUCUGGUCAGGACACUGUUUUCACAGAGAUCGACUCUUUGUGUGAAGGCUUUCCUCGACCGCGUUAUUACAGCAUUUGCAGCAUAUUUGGGACACGUUUAAUCUGGAGAAACGCACUGAUCCUUGGCUUUACAUCGUUUAUUGGGUGUGGUAUCAGACCAUGCUUUGCUCGGAACCUACAUAUUUUCGGCCCCUACAUUCCAUAUUUCCUACAGGCUGGUAGUGAGAUUGUCGCCUGCAUAUUGAUCUGCAUCUGUGUGAGUCACUGUGGGAGGCGAUCUGUUCUCCUACUCUUUACCAUCCUGACUGGGUUUUGCUCCCUGAUGCUUCUUGCCCUCACACAAUAUCUUUUUACUGAAGCCUCCAUUGUGAUAUCAGUGGUGGGCUCCCUGUGUUCCCAUGCUGUGGUGAUGCUGAGUGUAUUUUAUGCUUGUGAGGUGCUUCCAACUGUUCUUAGGGGUUCAGGCCUGGGUUUGAUUAUGGGAGUAAAUAUGUUGGGCCGGGCUGCCCUUCCAUUCAUUGAGCUUCAGCACAAGUCUGGGUAUUUUCUGUACCACGUUGUUCUAUCGUCCUUCUGUAUUCUCUCUGUGCUCAGUAUCCUCCUACUGCCAGAGACCAAGAGGAAGAGUCUUCCUGAAACUUUAAGGCAUGGUGAGAACCUGCGCCGACCUCCUUUGCUUCUCCAUCCUACUCAAGAUACUUUGCCACUUCUUAAACAUGGCAAAAAACGUACUGACUACAACCCUGAUAGCUAUGCUCAACUGGCAAGCGCCACCAAGAAGAUGAUCAGGAGUGACGCAGCAAGUUCCACAAAUGGAGAAGAGAACAGAGCUCUGAGCAGUGAUUGAAUGAUGGAGGACGCCAUGAGCUUGGAUUGCAAUAUGGGCUAAAGGCUGAAAAGCAACUGAAUAUAGUUGAGAAAAUGAUGCUCUCCAGGAGACCAAUAGGGAGCAAAUAACCCAUGAAUGGUGUCCUAUUGGCAUAGGGGUUAUUAUUUUUCGGAGGCAUCACAGAAUACAACUCCAAUAAGAAGAUUUUUUCAGCAAUAAAAACUUUUAUUAUAAGUAUAAAACUUUAGAUUAUGAUGGAGUGCUAAGGACUUUAAAGUCUACCGCCAACUCUUGGGUACCAAUCAGCUAGGCAGAUAACAAUGUCACCCUGUUUGUAUUUGUGCCUAUGUCUGUGCCAUAACAAUGCUCCUCACUAACUGAUCCAUACUCGGACCUUCCAAACCUCUUCCAUUCUCUACUUUCUGCUCUUCCUGAAAUUUGCUUUACAUUAUCUGUAAUGGGCCUGAAAGCUAAACUCCCUUCUCAAUUUCUACCAAAAUCAUCACAAGACCGAGGCUUCUUUGCCUCAUUCUCACAUCCGAAUUUCAUCCAGUACUUGUAACCUGUUAUCAUUCUGCUCAUUUUUAACAUUCAGUGCCAUAGCACAGACCAUAAUACAUGUUAGCUUUUCCAAGGAUCACUAAGAGUUGAACCAAAGGAAUUGCAGACAACCCAUAGCGUCUUACUGACCAAUAAUCAAGGACCUGGUUGGCUCUUCCACCAUGUGUGCGCCUUUAGUAAGCAAGGAAUACUUACAUUGGCCAGGGUCAUAAAAAGUGUGGCCAAUCCCUUCUAUAGUUAUAAUUAUGUCUUUGGUACAGGCAGGAGUGUCCUUUAGCAUAACUAGGUCAUUCCUUAUCCUUUUUCAUGCAAUAUGAUCACAUGUGAUAUGUCUUUAGAUGAGGAGGUGUUUGCAGUGCUGCUGUAAACUGGGUUUCUGAAUUAAACAGUUUGGUCCCUGUUCUUUGGACCAUAAAGUUCUACCUUCA